AUGCGUACGACCAUCGCCGCCAUUGCGACCUUCCUCACCAUUCCUUUCGCCUUUGCUAUUCCUCAACCCUCUUCCACCAGUGUAGCCAGCGGCAUAAUAACCGCACCCAGUAGCUACUACCUCAAAACUCGUGUCGUUGGUCAUAGUCACAACGAUAAGGAUAACCCUUACGUCAGCAAAUAUCACGCCGGUGCUGGCACGGCCGACUUGACACUCCAAUCAAUCGACUUUGCCUCCCCCGCCUUCUUCAACAGCGGUUAUCAGGUAUUCAACCUCGACCCUCCCGGACCUUUCGGCAUCAUAAUGAGCGACUAUGACAAUGGCGGGACUGGAUGGAACCUUGUGACCACUGCCCCCGGUUACGGGGAUGUUGGAUUCUUCUUUGAUGCCACCGGGUUGCAAUAUGAAUUCCAAGAGAUCGGAUUUGCGGGAUGGCUUGCAUGUGACUGCUGGCAUGGAGCUCCCCAGCUGUUCUGGCAGUACGCCUAUCUACCGGAAACGCUGCCGAGUACUUGCGCAGAGGUCGAGCUAUUGCCGGUUGCUAUCUAG